GGCACUAUGGGGCGCAUUAGUUUUCCUUUUCCAGCGCCGUUGUCUCUUUGCAGCUGGAUCAGCUGGAUGAAAACGCGACAGUGGAGCAGUAUUCAGUUUUACGAGAGAACUCCGGUGAUUUUAUAGCAUGUUAUCUGAAAAGAACUGAAUCACUUGCACAACCAGUAGCUGGGUGGCUGUGGGUUUGCAAACGAGCCUCCGGUGCCAACGCCUUUCCCCUCUCUCCGCUUCUCCCAGCCUGGGAAACUUUAGCUUUCGCCGACCUAAGAGCGUUUUCUUCCAACUCAUGAACUGUUGAGACCACAAUCCGGCAUCAAGAAGUCGUCUGAAAGCAAAGAUGGGCUGCACGAUCAGCGCCGAGGACAAAGCUGCGGUGGAGAGGAGUAAAAUGAUUGAUAAAAACCUGCGGGAAGACGGAAUGAAAUCCUCUAGAGAAGUGAAACUGCUUCUGCUCGGUGCUGGGGAAUCUGGGAAAAGCACAAUUGUAAAGCAGAUGAAAAUCAUUCAUGACGAUGGCUACUCAGAAGACGAGUGCAAGCAGUACAAAGUGGUAGUGUACAGCAACACCAUCCAGUCCAUCAUGGCCAUCAUCAGGGCAAUGGGCCGGUUAAAGAUAGAUUUUGGGGAUCCUACACGGGCGGAUGAUGCCCGUCAGCUAUUUGUCCUGGCAAGCUCAGCGGAGGAAGGGGUCAUGUCAGCAGAGCUGGCUGGUGUGAUGCAAAGGCUGUGGAACGAUGGUGGAGUUCAGACAUGCUUCAAUCGAUCACGAGAGUAUCAGCUUAAUGACUCUGCUGCAUACUACCUGAGUGACUUGGAACGGCUCUGCCAGCCGAACUACGUCCCAACUCAGCAGGAUGUAUUGCGUACACGUGUGAAGACCACUGGCAUCGUGGAAACUCACUUCACCUUCAAAAAUCUCUAUUUCAAGAUGUUUGAUGUCGGGGGUCAGCGCUCAGAGAGGAAGAAAUGGAUUCACUGUUUCGAGGGAGUCACUGCUAUCAUUUUCUGUGUAGCGCUCAGUGACUACGACUUGGUCUUGGCUGAGGAUGAGGAGAUGAAUCGGAUGCAUGAGAGCAUGAAGCUUUUUGACUCUAUCUGCAACAACAAGUGGUUCACACUCACCUCCAUCAUCCUCUUCCUCAACAAGAAGGACUUGUUUGAAGAGAAGAUCGAGAGGAGUCUGCUCACUAUCUGCUACCCUGAAUACUCUGGUGGGCAGUCAUAUGAAGAGGCAGCAGCUUAUAUCCAGUGUCAGUUUGAAGACUUAAAUAAACGAAAGGACAUCAAGGAGAUCUACACUCACUUUACUUGUGCCACAGACACCAAGAAUGUGCAGUUUGUGUUUGAUGCAGUCACCGAUGUCAUCAUCAAGAUCAACCUGAGGGAGAUCGGGCUCUACUAAAGCUCCAGGCACUGCAGGUGCCAGGAGAGGAUUCAGGACCUUGUUGCCACUAUGCCUUGUCUGCAGAAGGUGAAUUGGAAAGUAGAUGUUACUAAGGACUGCGCUGGUGGCUGUGCUGCGAGCAGAACCUAAAUUCCAUAAUUUGGGAACUUGAUGCUAUGAUUACUUUUGUCUUAAUAGAUGUUACAAUGCAGAGCAUAUGGGAAGGAAGUGACAAGUUGAGGAGGCUUGCAGAAUUGUCACUGUGAGUUCAUGUGGAGUCCUAUCAUAUUUAAGAUAUUUGCAUCACAGAGGGUCUGACACAGAAAGCCCCUUCUCAUACCUGUGACACAUUUAUGGUUUGUCUCACCAGAACCUUUUUUGGACCCCCUGUUUCUAAAAUUCGCUGCUGCAUUUCACAGUUUCACAGCUGAUAUGUAAAAUUCCUUUUCUUUUUAAUGUUGCACCCUCGCUUAGCUGCAAAUCUGUAUCACAUAGCUUUUAUUGAAUAUUUGCCUUUGGUAUAUUUUAAUUAUAUAUAGUGUUUCCAUUUUUGAAUGUGUGAAUGCCAUAACUUAUGUAUGAUAAGGCAUCUUGUGUGAGUAGUUUUAAUGUAUAUAAUGUAAUGUUGGGUCUGGGAUUAGUUAGCAUGAGUAAUGAGAUCGGUAGCAAUAUUGCUGUCUACAUAGUUACUUUAAUGUCAACUAGACCACAUUGUAUUCAAUUUUUUUUUUUAUACUUGAGACACAUCACUGCAUAUCAGUUUUAAUACAUGCCUAAUAUUCAUUCAGUUGAGGCCAAUAUACAGUUUAUUCUUUUUUUUUUAAUGAAGAAAUAUCAACACAACACAGUAUUUGGAAUAGAUCGGUAUAACCAGAGGCUGUUCUCUGGUUGUCGCCCUCACAAUUCUGAUGAAGAAGUGGCUGAUACUCAUUUUUUUAGUUUAUGAGGUGUACCUAGGUAAAAAUUAAUGCAGUCUAAUAUAACAAUGUCGAGUUUUUGUUGAAGUUGUUUAGAGAGGUUCAGCUGUUUGAUCAUUUUGGAGGCUAAAGUUUGUGGUACUGUUGAAAGGCAUUGCAUCAUAAUAGCUGUGGCUACAUGGACAAUAUUUUUUCGUUCAUGUUCUUAAAUCUUACUAAGCUUACUAUGACCUGGAUGACUGAGAAUCUGCACGGACAAAUUAGAAUAUAACUUUUUUACAUGCACAAAGUGGUUGUGGGUACUGGUGUUUAACUAAUUUUACAUUAUUGGGAAUUUUUACGCUCUUAGUUGUUCCAAAAAUGUUUGCUGGCUGUUCAUUUUAAUUAGUUAAUAUUAGCUAGCAACACAGCUAUUCUGUCAUGUAAUGUUACCCCCAUAGGGGGCAAACAUGCACAGAAAGGUUAUAUUUAAUCCAACGAGAGAACUGUUUGGAUCAAAUGUUUAUAUGGCUAAUAUUUUUCUACUGAACUGAUUAUCAAAGUUUUACACCACCCCUCUCAUCCCCAUCAGAAGUUCUUUUCAGGUGGUUACAGAUUGAGGUGGUUACAUGAUGCAUUUUUAUUCUACAGCAGAAUCAGUAUCUGCUUUAUUGGCCAGGUGUGUCGGACACAUGAGGAAUUUGA